GUUAAGGUAACGCGCAGGAGUCAACCAAAUAAGGUGUAGUACAAUAAUUCGUGCGCCGGCGCACGGACGUAAACGAGAAAUGUUGCUCGCGAGUGUUUUUAUACAAAUUGUAUUUAUUUAUACAGUUUAUUCAGAAGAUGCCGUCUCGACGCCGAAGCCGAAGAAAAUUCUGGACACCAUCAUGAACCCAUUAUACAUUCCAGCUGAGGAGAAACACGGGUCCUACUGGAAAAAAUCUGCAGCGGAGACCCUAAAAGCCAAGCUGAAAGAGAAAAUAAAUACCAAUAAAGCCAAAAAUGGUAUACUUUUCAUCGGUGAUGGUAUGUCACUAGCGACUGUCAUGGCUGCGAGAACUUAUGGUGGACAAAUGGACAGAAACUUAGGAGAGGACAAUACAUUGGAAUUCGAAAAGUUUCCGGUGUCUGGAUUGGCCCGGACGUACUGCAUUGACGCCCAAGUGCCUGACUCUGCUUGCACAGCCACGUCUUACCUCACUGGAGUGAAGACCAAAUAUGGAGUGAUCGGUCUUGAUGGCAACGUCACAAGAGGGUCCUGCUUCUCCCAGCUCCAUAAAGGCAACUGGGCGCCAUCUAUCGCCCAAUGGGCUUUGGCCAGUGGAUUGGAUGUUGGCCUUGUGACGACUACCCGGGUAACCCACGCCUCUCCUGCUGGCAUGUACGCCCACACAUCUGAGAGGAAUUGGGAGUCAGAUGCUGACGUACCAGAUGAAUGCAUCAGCUUGGGUUGUCAGGAUAUCGCUCGGCAACUGAUAAUGGCGAACCCAGGAAGACAGUUUAAGGUUAUUCUCGGCGGUGGCAGACGGGAGUUCCUUCCAAAUAUAUCUACUCCUCUGACCAAUUAUACCGGAAGACGCAUAGAUGGUGUCGAUUUAACAGACAUGUGGCAUACCGAUAAGAUGGAGAAGAAUGCCACUCAUCAAUACGUGACGGACAGAAAUGAACUUAUGAAGGUGUUCAAUUCAGACGACCUUCCAGAAUACCUGUUAGGCCUCUUCCAAAAUGACCACAUGGAUUACCACCUGAAAGCCUCCAAUCAGCCGACAUUGGAAGAGAUGGUGGAGGUUGCGAUAAAAAUGCUUAGUCGCAGUGAGAGAGGAUAUUUCCUGUUCGUUGAAGGAGGCCGCAUCGACCACGCCCACCACGACAGCUACGCACUUCUAGCGCUCGAUGAAACAGUGGAAUAUGCGAAAGCGGUGAAAAAAGCCAAGGCCCUAACUAACCCUGAAGAUACGCUGAUAGUGGUCAGUUCCGACCACGCCCACACUAUGACAGUGGCUGGUUAUCCCUCACGAGGGAAUGAUAUAUUAGGAGUAGUUGAUACAGCAAGAGGCAUGGAUGGAAAGCCGUAUACUACAAUUAGUUAUGCCAAUGGGAAAGCCAAGUCGUUGGACGAAAGCGGCAGAGUGGACGUAACGCUGCAUAGUGAAUUUUCUAGUAAAGCGUUAGAUUACUCCUACCCAAGCUUGGUUCCCCUUGACUCCGAGACCCAUGGAGGUGAAGACGUAGCAGUUUACGCAUCAGGACCAUGGCAGCAUCUCUUCACGGCCAGCUACGAACAAUCCGUUGUUCCGCAUUUAAUGGCAUAUGCUAUGUGUAUUGGUGAAGAAAAACAUGAAAACUGCGAACCAAAAAUGGGUCAUAGAAGCUUUUGGACCUCUGACAGUAUAGCGAAUAAACCAAAUAAGUAUUUUGUAAUUUUAACUUGUGUGAUACUUGGCUGUGUUAGAUUUUUAGGUUAGUUAGACAACGCCAUCUAGAUCUUAUAAGGGACAGAGACACGAACAAUUUCCAACACGUUUUUGACGCAGCGAUCGGCUCGGUAUCUUUCUCUCUGUAUCUCUGUACCCUUAGUUUAAGAAAAGUUUUAUAAAAGAUUCCUAGUAACACUAAAGUAAUUUGGCAGCAUUGAACAAUAACGUCCAUUUAAGAAGAUCAAACAAUCAUUAAUAAUAAUAAUAAAACCAAUUUCACGAUUUUCAAGUAAUGAAUCAACUAUUUGUUUUAGUCACUUAAAACAAUUGAACGAUCAAUAACCAGCGCCAUUCCUGCAGCCAUUACUUUCCUAUGCAUAUUAUAGUAAUCAAUACUUUACUUGAAAAUCGUGAUCCCAUAAAUAAUACGAUCGGUUUAUAUAACUUGACGUUGCGGCAUAAUAUAUUAUUGUACUUAAAUCUCGAAUACAUUUAGAAUAAGAAUAUAUAAUGUUAAUUUAGGCUAAAAACUUAAUUUAUUGUUAGAACUGUAUAUUAAAUUUAUGACGUGAAAAUAGCAUUUUUAACGCGUUUUAAACAUUGAUUAUUAUAAAACAAUGUUAGAGAGAACUAUUUUUUUCUCGCGAUCUUUUAAUAGUCUCAAUCUCCCCGAAGAUUAAGAAAUUUCCUAAUAUAUAUUUCUAUUCCUUUUCCUAUAUAUUCAAUAUUCAUAGUCUAGGGGGCCCGCCGUCUCGCGAGCCCCGCCCCUAAGCUUUGGUUCUCUCGGAGUAACAGAUUUUUCAAUUUUAUGCAGAAAUUUUCCAGUUGCGAUCUGAAGCUUCUUAAUAUCUUGGGUAACUCUCGGUAGUUACCUUAUCGAUUUGUUGAUUGAAGCUCCAUAUACUGGACACUCUAUAAUGAGAUGCAUUAUUCUGACUUGUUUGUAGGUCGCACGUACAUGUUGCAUCUGAUUUAAGGUUAAAUCUGUGCAGGUAUUCAAGUUAGUCCUAACACCUGCUAUGACAUUUAACACCUAUUCAAACUGUGACAAUGUUAUUAGUAAUCGGGUGUUAAUAAAUUAGUACAAAAACGCGUUUUAAAUGUUCUUUUUUAAAUAAUUUUGUUCCUUAUUUGUAUAAUAUAUAAAAUGUAUUUUGGCAAAACACAAGAGUAGCCGAGUAUAAUUGGUGUGAUUUAUUUAAAUUAUGGUGCAAAUACUCACGCAAGGCUGG